UGGGUGCGGGGUGUUGUGCAGGCUCUGCCGCUCCAUCAGCUGCAGCUGGGGGAAGGGUGGGCAGGGUGGUACCCGGGGACAGGAUGGCAUCCAAGGGACAGGAUGGCACUCAGGGGCAGGGUGGCACCCAGGGACAGGAUGGCAUCCGAGGGGCAGGAUGGCACUCAGGGCAGGAUGGCACUCAGGGGCAGGGUGGCUCCUGGGGGCAGCAGGGCGAUGCUCGGGAUGCAGUGCCAGGUGCUCCAGGGCACGGCUGCCUGCAGGAAGAGGGGCCAUGGGUUGUGCAGGAGGUUCUGGGGAACCCAGACCCAUUUUUGGGCCGUUCCCCUUCCCCCAGGCGCUGCCUGGGCUGGGGUCUGGCAUGGGGCUGGGUGCCGUGGCCAGAGGCAGCUGUGUUUUGGCAAUUAGGGCGGUGGCACGCUGGCUGGGGAUGGGCACCCUGCCACUGCGGGUGGCCGAGGGGAAGUGUUUGUCACGCUGGCAACAGGAGUGCCUCGACUGAUGGGGACGGGGACGGGCAUGGGCACGCUGUCCUGCACCCCCAGCACCCCGGGAACACCCUCAGCCCCCCAGCCCCUCACUCGCUGCUCAUUCCUGCAAAACGGGGGUCAAACUCGGGUUGUCACCCCCAGCCCAGGCGGGGGAAGCGGUGCUGGCUGCUCCACCGGAGUGUCCCAGCUACGGGACAGGGUGAAGGGAUGUCAGACCCUGGUCCCUGGGGGUGACACCCAGCCUGGGGGGUGACACCGGGCACAGGACCUUGCACAGUGCCUGGUGCCGAUAGUGGUCACCCCUCUGCCUGCACCAGGGGUGGGUGGAGAAGGAUUAGCCCUAAAUCCCCAGGGAUGAGACCUUGGUCAUCCAUGGCCCCCCGGUUUGAAGCUCACAAACCCACUCUCUGCCCUCACUGCCUGGUCGGGGUGGGAUGAGCAGGGCGGGCAGCGUGCCGGCGGUGGCACUCGCUGGGCUCCCACACAGAACUGUGAUGGGGAGGAAACCCACAUCCUGGGGCUGGUGCUGCUCCGGAGCCGAGGUGCCAGGGACGCAGGGCUUCCCGAGCCAAAGCCUGUUUGGGGGGCUCCACUCAGCUCCCAGCACAGCCAGCUCCCCAGCAAGCCCAAAUCCUUCUCCCAGCGACUUUUCCAGCCCUGUGGGCAUUUUGGAGGGUCUGGGCAAGUGCCAGGCCCAUCCCAGCAGAGGUUUCCUCCCCAGGAGACAGUAGCAGGGUAUCCACGGUUGGAGCAGGGUGCGUUAACCUCGCCGAGGAGGUGAAACCAGUGUGAUGAAAGACGCCCUGUCCCCUUUCUCUCCUCCUUUUCGGUUGCAACUUCUGCUCUCCUGCAGCCAGGAGGUUGCUUCACCGGAGCCUGCGGCGUUUCCUGCGCCCGGGAGCAGCUGAGUGCUUGCCUGGGGCCACAGGGCUUGCUUCCUUCCCCAAUUUCACCCUGCUCCCUGCACGGCUUGUCCCGGCAGCCUCCGGGGACCGCGUCCAGCCCCCGGAGCAGCAGCGGUGGUGGCAAUGGGGUCUGGUCCCAGCCUGGCAGCAGCCUGCCUAGGUGGCUUUGCCGGGGUGAGACACAGCCACAUCCCAUUCCCCGUGUUCCUGGAGAGGCCAAGGACAGGAUGAGUGCGCUGUGCCCAUGUGGUGAGGGCCAUCAGCGCUCACAGCACAGCUGCCUGCCCGCCUUGGUCUCACUCUGCUCCCUCCUGCCCACAGCCACCUCUAACCUGGACCUGGAGAGCAAGAAAGCCGCCCCCGCCAAGCUGUCAUGGCAGCAGCCGGUGAACGUCUUCCUGGCGGCCGGGCGCCCGCCGGGCAUGGAGCGGCUGCACCAGGAGGCUCAGCUCAACCUCCAGAGCCUGCUGCAAGAGGAGUAUGAGGAGCAGUACGCCGAGAGCAGGGUCACCGGGCAGACCUUCCGUGCCGCCGGCCACCCUGUCUCAUGCCUUUCCCCCCUGCAGCCCCCGAGCCGGCGAGGAACCGAAGAGGAGAGCAGCGGCACGGCCGCCCUGGGCACUCAGCCGCCCGACACCUCCCUGAGCCUCCCCACCAGCCCGGACAAGCAGCCAGCCUGGAGCAGGGCCUUCCCCCUGCCCACCCUGGAGGAGAAGCAGCAGCACCCGUCCUGCUCCAUCCAGACCAACAUCGUCCCCAUCAAUGUCUCGGGGCAGCACUUUGCUAGGCUCGCGAGUGCUCGUCACUCCCUGUUUAACACAGAGACCGCCAUGAACCCCAAGUCCACCCUGCGGCGUAGACGGACCAUUAUCGGAUUCCCUAACCUGUCCCUGCGAGACCAAGGCGGCGCCAACGGCCCCACGUUGAACACCCACGCGCCCAUCGCUGAGUCCAUCUCCUGCAACUUCGUCCCCGAGACAGCCAGCGGGGUGAAGGCGCCCCAGGACAUCAGCCCCCGCCAGCCCCUCUCUGCCCCACUGAGGAAAACCUUCAGCGACCUCGGGGCCCGCUGCUGUCCGCCGCCCGCCGCUAUGGACGGCACGGCCACCCCCUGCGCCGGCGCCUGCAAUGGGCCGCAGGGCACCCCCUUCUCCCCGCCCUGGAGCCCCCUGGGCUACGCCAGCCCCCCCAGCCCCAUCGCCAGCCAGGGCAAGGGGCCCUCCUGCACCUCGCCGGGCAGCUCUAUCCCAUCGCCCGGCCCCGGCUCGCCUGCCGCCGCCUCCUUCUUCAUCGCCACAGAGGAGCACGUGGGCAGCAAUGGGCCCGGCUCCUUCUCCGGCACAGUGCACGAGUCCCCCCCCACUGCCAGGGGUGGCCAGAGGUGCGAGGGCCGGGAAGCCAAGGUGAACCUCUUGCUGGGAAGCCAAGAGGAGCCGGAGCUGGUGCCGGAGCCAUCGCGGCUGGAGGUGGAGCGGGCAGGGUGCCGGUUCCGCGAGCGGUCGCUGUCGGUGCCCACCGACUCGGGCUCCCUCUGCUCGGUGGACAUCGCCUACGCCGAGACCCGGCGGGGCAGCGCCAACUACGCCCUGGGCUACCCCAGCGCCAGCUCCGAGGGCAGCACCAGCACCGACAACGUCUCCCUGGGGCUGGAGCAGGAGGGGCAGCGGCGGCGGCGCUCCAAGAGCAUCUCCCUCAAGAAGGCCAAGAAGAAGCCCUCGCCGCCCACACGCAGCGUCUCCCUGAUUAAAGAGGGGCAGGAUGGCCCCAUGGGGACCAGCUCAGCGAUGCCCAAGGAUCACCGGCCCAAGAGCCUGUGCCUCCCGCCCGAGCUGCAGGGCCACCGGCUGGUGCACGCCGACCCCCAGGGGAGCGCAGGGAGGGAGCCCGAUGGCACGGCCACCCCCCACCAGUGGCAUCUGGCGGACUGGAAGGCCGGCGAUCCCUACCGGUCCCUCUCCAGCUCGAGCACGGCCACGGGGACCACAGCCAUUGAGUGCACCAAGGCACGGGGCAGCUCCGAGUCCCUGGCCUCCCCCUCCGUCUCCAGGGCCACGACACCCUCCCAGCUCUCCGCCGAGGCGGACCCCAAGACCUCCUCCCCGGGCCGUCCCACGGGGCUGAUGUCCCCGUCCAGCGGGUACUCCAGCCAGUCGGAGACCCCGACCCCCACCGUCCCCACCUCCGCCAUCCUGGGGCACUCCCCGCACCAGGUGCGGGUGAGGCCACUGGUCCCCGAGAGGAAGUCCUCACUGCCCCCCACGUCCCCCAUGGAGAGGAGCCCCAAGUCCCGGCUCUCCUUCGACCUGCCGCUCACGCCGCCUGCCCACCUCGACCUCUCAGGGCUAAAAAUCUCCCUGAAGGGGAAAACGAAGGUCAGCCGGCACCACUCCGACUCCACCUUCGGCACCAAGCUGGCCCAGAAGACCAGCCCCAUCACGCCCAUCAUGCCGGUGGUCACACAGUCCGACCUGCGCUCCGUCCGCCUCCGCUCCAUCAGCCGCUCGGAGCCAGAGGACAACGCCGAUGGCCUGGAGCACGCUGAGGAGCCGGCCCGCGCUCCCUGCCCGGCACCGGAGAGGAAGGUGAAGCCUCCGGUGGCAGAGAAGCCACCGCUGGCCAAGCGGCCCCCCUGCAUCCUGCCCAAGCCCCCGGCUCUGCGGGAGGAGGGUCCCCUGUCCCCCACAUCCCCGCCGGGCACUGCCACCAAGGAGAAGGGGCUGCCUCAGGACGGGUUCGUGGUGCUGCGGAAAGGGGAGCUGAGGAGGGGUCCGGGGGAGCCUCAGGUGCUGGCAGGACCCCGGCGGCUCUCACAGGGCAGCCUGGAGGAGGAGCCGCGGCCGGAGCGGAGCGGAGCCGGCGAGGGGGAGCGCAGGAAGGCCAAGGUGCCACCACCAGUGCCCAAAAAACCCAGCGUGCUCUACCUGCCACUGGCCCCGGCCCCGGCGCAGCUGGGAGCCAUCCUGGGGGAGCAGGUGCCCACCCCCAGCCCCAUCAUCACGCUGGACGCCGACCCCUCCUGCUGCCACCCCGAUGCUGAGGAGCCACCGUCCCCACCGUGCCUGGGCACAGGACAAUCCAGUGACCCUGCUUCGGAGCAAGGUGAGGGGCUCCCUGCCCCUAUGGUGGGCUUCACCCCAGGGACGGGGGGGUCCCCCUGCACCCGCACAGGGGGGUUCACGGCUGCCUUCUCUUCCCUGCUCACAGGCAGCUCGGCAGAGGCCGGCACGGAGGAGAAGAGCUUUGCCAGCGACAAGACGGCCGACUCCAUCGCGGAGGAAGAUGACGACGUGUUCAUGACAUCCCGCACCACGGAGGAUCUCUUCACCGUCAUCCACAGGUCCAAGAGGAAGGUCUUGGGGCGGAAGGAGCCUGGUGACAGCUUUGGCAGCCGGCCCAACUCCCACUCGCCCGUAAAGACUUCAGGUUCCCCAACUGGCGAGUCCCCGGCACCAGCAGGCGGCACCGGGAAGUCUUCCAGCAGGAACGAAGACUUUAAAGCCCUGCUCCAGAAGAAGAGCAGCAAAACCAGCCCCGGGACCCGGCCAUCGGCCGCUGAACUGCUCAAGACCACAAACCCACUGGCUCGCAGGGUCAUGACGGAGUUUGCCCCUGAGCUGGACGGUGCAAACAACCCCAAAAGCCAGCCCUAACCUUGCGUGGUCCCUUCUGGCCUUGAAGGGCUGGAGAUGGCUGGAGAGGAGGAUUGCUCCAGGAGGGGUGUCCUGGCUGCCCGGGGGAGUCCUCCUGUCCCACCGGGGGUUUUCUUCUGCUUGUGUUUCUUCCUUGGGGAGCUGCCAGCUGAGAGGCAGCGUUUGGAGCCCAAGCCCCGGUGUCUCUGGCAGAGCUGGGCCCUUUCCAGGAGGGAAGGAAGAGGCGGCACCAGGGCUGGGACCGUCCCCGGCUGAGCCAGCUCCUGGGACCGAAGGCACCUGCGGAGCGGGACUGCAGCCCCCGGCGUCGCUCAGCGCCCGCAGCGGAGCUCGCUUGAAACUGUUUGGUCACUUCGGCAUGUGGUACUUUAAAUGGCUUUUCUAAUGCACAGUGGUGAUGAUGUUUUAAUUCUCUUUCAUUUGACAUUGUACCUUGAGUUUCCCAGGCAAAGAUCCCAGGUUUGAGUUCGGCUGGAUCCACGGAGACGUACUUUGGGAAGAUGUAAGGGGGGCGGCUGGAAUUGAGGUUGCUUUUGAAGAGCCACAGGUGGUUCCCCCUCGUCAUCCCGAGCGUCCUCCCCGGCGUCCGCAGCCAGUGCCACGACCUCAAACCAAACCCCAGCCCCUCAAAAGCCCCCAAAAUGCUGCAUUUCGGAGCUCCUCAGCUCUCGGUCCAAAAGCAAACCCCAGGGUCACCUCUGCUGCCUGUCCCGGGGAUCCUCACCACGCCAGCCACGUGGGGGUCUGCUGCCCCCCCCCAGCUCCCUGCCAGCGUCCCGGGUCCUGCGCUGGUGCCGUCGACUCGGGGUGACGUGGGGUGCUGCGGGAAGGGCGGGCUGCAGCACUGGCCGGGGAAGCCUUCCCCAGCCCUGCCUCUUGCAUCGCACCGAAGGACCCUGCGACAGCAUCUCCUGCAGACAUCAGCCACUGGAGGUCCUGGGUUGCCAGCGAGCUGGGGGCAAACCCAGCCAGAUGUCACCUGAGCCACCUCCCAGGUGACUCCUGGGGUCCCUCGGGGAUUACCCGCUGCUCCCCCCGUGCCCGCUGGCCAUUGGGGAGCUGUGCGAGCAAUGCCGGGGUGCACCCCACCACUGUCCCGAGAGUGCUGUUGGCAGUGCCACCGUACCCCUGGCACAGGCGUGUCCCCGAGCCAGCCAGGUGGCAGUCCCCUGGGUGUCCUGUGGGCUGGGACUGAGCCCUGUGGCCACGUGUGCCUGCGAGGCUGCCCGUGCCACUGCUGCGCUGAGGUUGCCUGUGCCGCGACGGCGCAGGGGGAUGCGGUGCUGGCACGGCUGCGGUGCCCAGCUCAGGCAAAGGGGUGGUUUGCACCUCCCCAGCUGCGGUGCCAGCCCUUGCCCUGGUCGCAACGGCAGGCACAGGGUGGGUUUUGUCCCCUCCCCGUCCCCAGCUGCUGCUCCCUGGCUGGGCUCCAGCAGGGAGCCCCGGCUGUCGGUGGCAGUGGCCAUGGUGAGGGGCAGCGAGGAGGGGAAGUGCCAGCCCCAGCUCCGGGCAGAGUGUGGCUGCGCACCCGUGGCAGGGGAGGAAGGGCUGGGCUGUGGCCGAGAAAGAAACAGGGUGUUUAGGAAAGUUUCCGCUUUAUUUCUUUAUAGAUUUCCGCAAGCUCCGGUGUGCCCAGCCCCCUCGUGCUGGGGGGAGAGUGAUGUGGCUGGAUCCGGGCAGCAUUGGGGAAGGGGAGGCACCAUGGGGCCCUCCGGCUGCCCUCCCCAGGGGCCAGGGCUGCUCUGGGGGGGUCUGUGCCCCCCCCCCCCGGCACACAGCCCCCAUAAACACCUCCUCAUCCACACCCCCGUGCUGAAUCUGACCCUGAAAGAGGCUUCACUCUCCUUGCGGUUGGUUCCUCCUCCCCUCCCUCCCCUUUUCCUUGCACAUCGCUCCCUUCCCUCUCCCGGGGUUGCGGAUUUAAGCCUGUAAUUAAGAUCCAGGCUGAGAAACUCAGGAAAAAAAAAAAAAAAAAGAAAAAAAAAAGAAGAAAAAAAAAGCUCUGACAAAUUUCCCCGCUCCAUCUCCGUCCCACGGCACCCAGCCCUCCCGCUGCUCCCAGGCCCGGCAGCAGGGUGCUGGCCUGGCGGGGAUGGGGCCCCGGGGACGGGAGAGGGAAGCUCUGGGGACGGGUACAUUUUGCACAUGACUGCUCAGGAAACUGGUGGUGGCGGAGGUGGUGGGAGCGUUGUCGGCCGUGGGGGGACAGGAGCUGGCACAGCGGGCUGGGGACAGGCACAGGGUGGGGACACCCCUGCAGAGACCCAGCACCGCUGUGUCUGCUGCCGGGUAAGAGGUGUCUGGGGUGAACACUGGCCGCUGAGCUAGGGUCAGGCCAUGGCACGGAGAUCCUCAGUUUCCUGGCCGGAGGAACGGGCUUUCCCGGUGGAGCCGACCAGCUCCAGGCCCCUGGCCACUUGCUCCCUCCGCCCUCCGGCUUCGGGUGCAGAACCGUUUCUGCAGCUGCUUCGCUGUGGGACAAGCAGCUCGUGGUCCCCGGGGGAGAGCCCGGUGGCAGCACCCCCUGGUCCCACCACGGCGCGGGCUUCUGAAUGUUGUACUUUUAAAUCUCGCCAGCUUGGUAAAGUGCUCCCUGCUGACA